AGAGAGAACAACCUUCUGCUACACCACAGACGGGACCCUGAACUGCAGGACUCAAAUCAACUCCUCUUAACUAUAGACAAUUUAACUUGUCUUAAACUGUAUGUAAAUAUUAUAUAUAUAGAUAUAUUAUAUAUAUUUUUUGUUUUGUUUUGUUUUUUUACUGAACUAACAAAAAGAUGGAAAAUCUCUUACAAAGAGGUGUAUUUCUUUUCUUCUUCACGGCACAGGUUUUUACAUCAGCUUGGUCCCAGGUGUGCCCCCGGAGAUGCCAAUGCCCUCAAGAGCCCCCCAGGUGCCAUCCUGGAGUUCCCUUGAUCUUGGACGACUGUGCCUGCUGUCUGGUUUGCGCCGCUCAGAAAGGACAGGUCUGCUCUGAGAUGAAUCCCUGUGACACUCGGAAAGGCCUGGAGUGUGACUACUCAGCCAACAUCCACAAGAGGACGGGCAUCUGCGCUGUUAACAUGCGUAAUGUGUGCGUUUUGGACAAGUCUGUCUAUCAAAGUGGCCAGACCUUCUUCCCCAGCUGUAAGUACAAGUGUACGUGCAACGACGGCCAGAUAUUAUGUGUGCCACGCUGCAACUUAGACGUGAUGCUGCCUGGUCCUGAUUGCCCCGUCCCACGCAAGGUCCAGGUGCCCGGAGAGUGCUGCGAGAAAUGGGUGUGCCGCCCUCGUGCUGAGGCCAGCACACUGGGUGGCUUUGCAAUGGCAGCCUUUCGUCGAGAGGAAACUGUGAGCUUUGACGGUUGGAACCCCAGCCUUAACUGCAUCGAGCAGACCACAGAGUGGGGGGCAUGCUCUCAGACGUGUGGCAUGGGGGUGUCCACCAGAGUCACAAACAAGAACAGUCAGUGUGAGAUGGUAAAGCAGAGUCGUCUGUGUAUGAUCAGACCCUGCAACAACCAUCAGGAACAGCUGAAACAUCUUGCACCAAAGUUGAAAGGGAGUAGGUGCCAGAGGAUGGUGAGGAGUGAAGAAGCUGUUCACCUCUCCUAUAAAAACUGCACCAGUGUCCAAACAUACAAGCCUCGCUACUGUGGCUCCUGCACAGACGGCCACUGCUGUACCCCCCACAGGACCAAAACAGUCGUGGUGGAGUUCCAGUGCCCCAACGGCAUAACCACCAGAAAGCCUGCCAUGGGCAUUCUGACCUGUGCCUGCCACAGCCACUGCCCUCGGGACAACGCUGCUUGGCAACCAUCAGAUCCGGGACAUAGUGCCAUAAGGGCGGGGUAUAGAGUAUGAUAAAAAAGUUAGUAGUACAAAAACAGUGAGGUCCAGAUUGUGGCUGAUGUCUGCAAAUUUUUGGAUUUCUUUAAAAGAUGAGUUGUUAUAACUCUGAACUGUAGAUUAAAACAAGAAGGACUAUUACAAUACAGAAGUAAAUACUGUACAGUCUGGAGGAUUAUAACUCACAACAUAUACACAGCUAAAUAUCUGCUCAUUAUAAUGCUUGCAGUCAUGAAAUCAGUGUCAUGUGAGUUUGAAAUCACAGGGGAUUAAAUAUCUCUGUAUCUCUCCUGGAGAGGGAUUUAACUGGGUAACAUCCUGUGGACAAUUUAUCCUUACUGUAAAUAUAACGAAGUUCAGUUAAAGCACUUACUGCUUGUGAUAUGCAGCCGCCCCUCUUCUGGAAAUUGGGAAAAGUGUCCUUCAGUUUGUUCACAACAAAUAAUACUGAAACGUUGUUUAUACCUUGUGAAAGUUAAUUUAAUCCUCUUUUAAAGAGGUCAAAGUGUAUUAAAAGAUUUACUUUGAUGGGUCCAUGCAGGAAUGUGAUCACCAUGAUGAAAUGACAAAGAACAUGAAAGCAAAGCGUUUUGUUCAGCCCGAGUUAUGAGAAAAACUUUGACCCGUUGUCCUCUGUUCACUUAAAUGAAAUGAAAAGGGCAACCAGGCAAGAAACUUAGUAAACGAGGCAAUCACUGUACUCAAACUGACAUGUAGUCUCCAACUACAAAACACAUUUAUGAAGUGACUGAACUGUGUACUUUGACGUGCUCCCCAACCCCCAAAAGAGGGGUUACUUUGGUGCAUUUGUGCAAUUUCUAACAUCUGUCUGAAAUCUUACCCUCAUUGCUAAACACAUAAUGUGUAUGUUCAAUAAAUACAAAAUGUGUGUUGUUACGUUUCCUAAAAGUAGUGCACAAUUGA